AUGGGAGAGAAAAAUGAGGAUGAGAAAAGUUCAGUCCUUUCUUCGCCAAAAGAGGAGACCCCAAUCAGGAACAUAGUUUGUCUGAAGAGAAAAGAGGACAUGAAACGUUUCGAGGAAACCGAGGAGUGCUUCAUCUUAGAGUUCGACCCAUCUGAGUCGCUUCCCCUAUCCAAACUUUCGUUGGACAACAAGAAUAACCAUGACGAUGAUGAUGCCGCUGAUCUCUCCAUUGUUGCUGAAAAGGGUCCGGUAGCUUGCAGAGAUUACCCGCAUUCAAGACACAUGUGUCUUAAAUUUCCGUUCAGUUCAACACCUCAUGAGAGCUAUUGUGAAAUGUGUUACUGUUAUGCAUGUGAUUCAGCUGCCCCUUGUAAGUACUGGACCCAACACUGUGGUGCAGAUGGUGGUGAUUACUGGAAGGACCAGAGGGAUAUGAAGAAACUUGGAAAAGAGUCCGACUGAUGAAAAUAAUAAUUAUAAUAAACUCUUGUUUGAUGUUGCUGUCCACAAUUGGAAAUUGGAAUGACAUGUGGGAACGGGAUACAGAAAAUCAAGUUGGAAUUUUGUUUUUGUGUUAUACUUUAUCACAUGUUAUGUAGUCAU